AAAGGUUUUGUUGCGUUUUCAGUAACCGACUUGAGCUGUUGAUUGAAAAAGAAGCGCAAUUGGAACAAGAAUAUGAUGAGACUCAAAACGAUCUUAAAAACCAUGAAAUGCUGUUGAGCGGUCAUGAGGUGAAUACGACGGACUCUCCAACAACCAGACGACCCUCUAUUUUGUCAACAGACAAGUUUGAAAACGACGAGGUUAGGCUUCGUAAACACAUGAAGACCAGUCCCAUGAGCUUAUCAUCCCAACCAAGGCCAGUCACCCUGGAGCUGCUCGUAUCCGUGGAUCUACAGAAGACUGGAGAUGAUGAGGAGAAGCCUCUCCUCAGUGGACUGGACUUCCUGCCGGACGGGAGACUGGUAGCCGUGGAUAACAAGAACAAGAAAUGUAUCAUACUGAAUGAGCAACUGCAGAGACUUGGAACACCGUACAAGUUCAAGGAUUACCCAAUGUGCGUAGUAUGUGUGUCUCAUGAUACACUGUGUGUAACGAGUGGUAGUGGUAAAGUAGUAUGUCUCCUGUCUGUGAGUACAGACAAUACCAUCACACUGACCAGGAAUAUCAAUACAUCAUCACAAUUUGACUCUAUAUGCUUCAUGUCUCCAUCUAACAUGGUUGUGAGUACGUACGGUGGUCCCCGUCCUGCUAGAAUGAUAUCAGUGGACGGGGUAGAGUCAGAUUUUGAUCACUCCCUGACGUUUCCUAUGAAGACGUACAAACUAGGUGAGAGUAAAUGCACGUAUGUCCAGUCUAAGAACACGUUAGUACUGACUGACAGGUACGCUCACACAGUGUACGUGUACGACACCGUGAAUGGCACAUCUAGAGCAGUCACUAAUGAGAACAUACAGGAGCCUCGUGGUGCCUGUGUAGGGCCUGGUGACACGGUGCUGGUGUGCAGUAAGAAUAAGAACUCCAUCGUGCACCUGAGUGUUGAUGGAAACAUUAUCGGUACCUACCCAGUGGAUAUGUGGAGCCCGUACAGCAUAGGUUUGUCUAAGAACGGCACUAGGUUGGCGGUUUCUAACAGUGCUAAUGGCGCCUUGAAACUUCAGUUGUAUAAGAUAUCACCGGCAAUGCGUUAGGUGACUAGUAAGACGUGAUCCAUGUGAUCAUGCAAUGAUCUACCAUCAUAUAUAUUAUAAAUGCUCGGGUAUGGUGAUGUUUAAAUCAAUACGGUAUACGUUUUGAUUGAUGAAAACUAAAUAGUGUUGUUAUUCAUUUUGAUUGCACCAGAAUUAAAAACUGCCUAUGUAUUGUGAAUUUAACGUUAUUUAAUAUUAGUUUUAAAACACUUAAAAUAAUGUCUUUUUUUACAAAAUAUGUCCAUAACUUUAAAUAUACCGCGGAUGUAAUACUAUUUUAAUUCCCAUUAAAUGCAACGUACCUGAUGUGUUUUAAGAUAUACAUUAUACGGUAUACUCAUGAUCACGUUGAAAUGUUACAUAUAGUUUUGGUGUGUCACCAUGCUCUUUAAUAAGGCGCGGUUGAUGUUCGUCAAUAUAUAAAAAAAAGUCGGCCUAUCAUUUAUACAUAGUUUGUAUACUUUUAUUAAGUAGCGGGAAAAAACAAAAUAAUAUUUGUCGUCGGAAAUGCAAUAACCGUUGCAUGUUGGGCAUUGUACUGUAUAUUGUAAUUGUCUACAUUAGCGGAUAAAAUAAAUUACAACAAACGUAUAAACAAAACCUAUAGUACUGAACAGAACAAUGUAGGGGUUUUUCUAGCCAUUUUAGGAAAAGAGUCUGGUCAAAUUGGAAUUUUUGUAAUCAAUUAAAUUUGCAAAUUUGAGGAGUUUUAUCCUAAAAAUGGACCAUUUUGGAAAUUUUUUUAUCAUUUUAUCAACAAAUAUUUACACGUCAGGACUAAAUCAUAUAGUUAUAUAGUUUGUUAUAUGUUUAUGAAAUAACAUUGUAUUGAAAUAUAAUAAUUAUUAGACUCUUCUUUCUAAAAAAAUAAUAUUUUUGGAAAUUGUGGAAAACAACAAUUUUGGUUUGGAAUCGGGUCAGUUUGCUUUGAUAUCCGACUUUUUUUUAUAUAAAAGAAAAAACCCUGCUAUGCAAAUGUUUUCUUACCGUCACAAUCAAAUGUAAGUAAUUUAAAAUAAUGUUUUUUAGCCUUCACAAGUUCUAUACAUCAGUGAUUUUUUCGCUUUAUAUUUUACAGCCCGUGCCUUUUCAAUUGGGAAAAAGCGGGAUAGAGAAUGAAAUUCGGAAAAAAUCUAAACAUUAUUAAUAUGAUUAUUAAUUACAGUUUACCAAUUGAUUAUAAGAACAUAUUUGACUGUUUUCUAAAUUUAUUUUAUGAAGUGAUAGGGAAUUAAAUUGCGGUAUAAUAAACUCAAUAAUUGGUUUAUUGGAAAAGUUUGGCAUAUUUUGGGGAAAUUAAGUUCAGAUUUUGGGGGGGGGGGGGGAAAUGUUACUUGCCAUUGGGAAACAGACCUUUGUACUUUUUGCAAUUGGGAAAGUGGCUGUUAUUUUGGACCAAAAAAUCACUGUACAUUUUUAAAAAGCCGGGAAAGAAUGUAAUUUUCAGUGUGUCUCGUCUGCCUGCAAAUAACCUUAUGUACUUUUUUCAUUCAAAUGUAAAUUACACUAUGAAAACUAUUAAUUUCGGCUUUUUUUCAAAAUCAUUAAGCAAAGUGAUGAUCUCAAAUAAAUAGUAGCAAAUUUUAUUAAUCUUAGCCUUGUUAUUAAAAACAAAAGCAAUACUUGCCGGUUGUAAUAUAAUUCUUUUUUCGUGAAUUGUUGGGCCGAAUACAUAAAAGUCAUUACCAUAGCACCUCUUAACACGAGAAAAGUUCUAAAGAUCAAUGCAUUUUUAAUCAGCCGAAUAUUUCAAUAUUAUUUGAUGAACUGAUUGUAAAUACAUGUGUCUAAAUGGUAAAUUAGACACAUAUAAUUAAUAUCAUCUUUGUUUCAAUUAAUCUAUGUAGGAGUUAUGCAGAGGGAUCUAUGCGAUUAUUGCAAUUUAUGUUUAAUUUUGAUAGGAAUGUAAAUGUUUUAUAUUUCAAAGCCAUACAUAAAAUAUGGUAUAUUUAUUGUAAAUAUUUUAAUUAUUGUUCUGAAUUCAACCCUUCUUUUUAUGUUUAAGCUUCAAAAUGAAAUCGAAAUCAAAUAGUUUAUUCACGGAUCUCUAUCAUUCAUGAAGCGUUUUUUUUCCAAUUAAAAACAUAUUCAUUUUGUUACUUUUCAAAAAUGCUUUUGAAACAAAUAUGGUCAAAUGCACCAAUAAAAACUUCAAAACAUGCCAGAUACAUAUGUUGCUAUAAACAAAACAUGUUAUACAACUGUUUAAACAUAAACUAUUAAAAUGUUAUUGGUUUCACCAUUGAAUACUCCACAAUAAACAAUCUGAACUCCUGAUUUUAAAACAUUUAUCUGAUGAUCAGGUUAGGCCUGUUUUAACCUUAUUAAUUACUUGACACUGAUGAAUUGUACUUUAGCAACUCAUAUUGGAAAAAACAACAUGUUUUUACGGGUAACCGUCACAUACCGGGAAGGAAAUACCCGCCUUUACUUUUCGCAAUUCAUUUUUGUAAUGUAAAGAACAACUGUUAAAAAAAUUAAACGAAUACCGAUUUUUCUCACUGUUUCAAACUGCCAAUAUGACUAAACGUGAUGCUUUUGUACGUGAGAAAUCAAAAUAGUGACACCUUUAAGCAGGAAUGGUCUGAUAUUCUUGUCUAGAAAUCAAUAUAAUGUAAAUAAAACGUAUGUUGAAUAUGAAUACUACUUAGAUUUAUUGCCCUCUUUAUUAUUGCCUUACUGAUUCUUCGUGUGUACUUGUAAAAUUAGGAGCUUCUGCCCACCCCUUGAGAAUUAAGACCGGAAGAAAUUCGCGCAAUAAAAACCCUCGUGAAGAACGUUAUUGCCUUUACUGUAAUGCACGGGAUAAAUAGAAUGCAAUUCAUUCUGCCGUUUUCUACGGGGAAAAUACAUUAACAGUAUUUAUUUAAUAAAUCCACCUGUUGUUACGUUCCAUAGGCUUGUGUAUUGGUAGGAAUGACCUCAACAUAUAAAUGUUAAAUUAUUAAUCUAUGUAAAUAUGUAAAGCACAACUAAACUUCACAAAACUUUCUAGAAAAUACCACUUGAUGCCAAUUAAUAGUUCUCUGUAUUUUUAUUUGAAAUAAGUAUGUGUAUGUACCGUUAGUUUCUUGAUAUUUUGUGAAAUAUUGGAUUUAAAGUUUUUGUUUAACAAAAGUAUAUACAAGUUUAUCCUUACUGUCUGUAAAAUCAGUACGUUUCUUCUUAUCCAACCCGUUGUUGAUUUCUGUUUUAUUUUGCUUCGAAAUUGCAUUGAGUUUGCACUAUAUACGUAUAUAUAUAUUCUGUUAUAAUUAUGUUAAAGUUAUAUUAUAUUGACAUGGAAUGUUACUUUAUUUACAACGGUAUACAUUAAAGACAGUAAAUAUAUGUAUAAGUCCUCAUGGAACCUUUUCACGUUUUGGUAAAUUAACGAAAUUGAAAUAAAAAAUGUUUAAGAUUUGCAAAUAUUCGUUGUAAUUGCGAUAUUUGCGAGGAAACAGUAAUACUGAACAUUUUCCAUUCUCUAAAAUAUCCAUAUAAGCAUCUUCCGACGAUUUAAAAACCAGAAAAUUAUAAAGCGUUUCAAACUCGAAACGAUUGAAUAAUUUUGAGAGUUCUGUUGUUGUCGCUGUAUUCUAGUACAUUACGAGCACUACUUAUAUAAAGUCCAAAAUACACCACAAACUAUAUGGGCACGAAUGGCCGAAUGAUUUGAGUGCGAUUUAGGAUGUCUUUUUUUCUUUCUUUAAUUUAAUUCUUGUUUUUUACUUGAGCUAUUUAGCUCCAAUGUUUAAAUUUACCAAUAUUAACCAUGUAAUGACAAACGUCAAUACAAACCAAUGUAUGUGAAAAGGUCCCUUUAAUAAACUGUUAUGUUCUGUUUUGUGACUUUGUUUUUUUAUUUCACAAAACAUCAUACAUAUAAUCACUAAUCUGGUGUUAAAACAUGUGUGAUAUAUAUGUUAAACACUAAGUACUAUUUAGACUUGCGUGUUAGCUUCCUUAAAAUAAAUUGCAUAGCAUUUUUAUCAAUACACGUACUUACUACAACUUCGACUUAAUAUAAACUAUAAUCGAUUGUAUUAUAUCAUUUUAUAUUAACAUAAUCCAUGUAUAAUAAAGUUUUUCAAACAUGUUA